UUUAUUUUCAGAAAGUAAGUACAAAAAUCACUACGGGCACGGAUAAACGCCAUUAUAAGUACAAGUAAGUUACAUAAAGGGAGAAAAUGUCGUUCCAUCGAUUUAGUGCUUUUACUGGUCGUUUAAAACAAUCCACCCAAUUACAAGCUCUUUAUCCUUUAUCUCCAAAACCAUUAGAAAAAAUAGAAGCACCAAAAAUGAUGUUUGAUUCUAUCAAAACUAAGGUAGCAUCUACAUCUAAUUUCUCUAGACAUCAUUCUACAAUACCUCCAAAAAUGAAAAAAUUACAGCAAGAAUGGCAGGCUGAUUUAUCAAAACCAACCUUUCUUUUACGAGGCACAUCAGAUCUGAUACUUUAUCGUUUUACCAUUGUAACAACUGUACUUGGUUUUAUUAUUAAUUUAUAUUAUAUAAAUGAACUUCGAUUGAAAUUUCGAUAAAAUGUUUCCAUGUUUAAUAUAGAAAUAUAUAGGAAUAAUAUAUAUUGUAAAAAAUACAUUAUUAUUUUAUAGUAAUUAUAUCCUGAAGUCAUAUUAUAAAUAAAUAAUUAAGUGUAUUUAUUAAUCAUAUCCUAUCCUUAAAUUUUUUAUAUAUAUAAUAUAAUAUAUAUAUAGUAUAAUAAUUCAAAUUGUUAUUUAUACAAAACAAUUUUAAAACUUUA